GUCGAUUCGAUGCGUCGCUGUUGGGUCGAGCUUGUUGUGACUGAACCUCUGAGAGCACCAGGUUUAUACGGGCUUUGGGGUUUAGGGGUUUAGGGUUUUAGGGUUUUGUUCGAACACAAUCUGUGAGCACUCGGUACGUCACGAUACCCACACAUUGGGCAUUGAGAAACUUUUCGAUGGGUUAUGGUUUGAAAUGAAAUCCAGCUCUGGGUAGUGUUGAAUUGGUGAGUUGUAGAAGGAUUCAUUGUUGCGGGUUUCCAAAGCCAUGGCAGGACAGGACAACGUCCGAAAAUGGUACAUGAGGCAGCACGCUAGUUCUACCCCAGCAACAGCUCCUGUGAAAAUCGGCGAUAGCAAAGGAGAGGAGAAGAAAGUCAAAGGUCCAUCUGAUCGAACUUACGCAAAACUGUCGCCGUUUGUCUUCAAGGGGCCUCUUGUAUCAAAUUUGCUGCUUCCUAAAGCCGUUUCAAACUCGUCGGUCGACAGCGUUGUGCAGGAGCUCCUGACAAGCAAUGCCAAAACAGCAGGCAACAUCGCUGGCACCAUUGACAACCGGCUCAUGGACCGGCCAUACUUACUAGACAACCCUGCUACACAUGGUGGGGCUGUUGAGAGAGCCAAAGAUAGAGCCUUACGAGCCCGAAGCAAACGAUCUGCUAAGCAUUUCUCAUUGCGCCAGCAUCGUCUUGCAGGAUCAUAUGACCUGUUUGCUAGAUAUCAUAAAUACGAUUUGUAUCUUCCCAUGCAUGAGAUGUGGGAGGAAUACGCGAAGAGUUUGUUGGUGGGGGAGUGCAACGAUUCCAAACUUCGACCUCGCCUUCUCGCAGCAGACUUACAUGGGGCUAUACUUGCUGUGGUGGAGUCGAAGGACACAUAUUACGCUGGGAUCCAGGGCAUUAUGAUAAGGGAAACGGAUAACACAUUUGGGAUUAUAACUCCACAAGACAAAUUUAGAGUAGUUCCAAAGAGUGGAUCUGUGUUCAUGUUGCAGUUAGAUUCAUUGCGGAUCACUUUGUUUGGCAACAACCUCUCCUCUCGGCAGUUGCAUCCCAGAAAGCGUCAGCAGGUAUAAUGUUUUUAGAUUAAUUAUUUUUAUACAAACUUGUACAUUUAUGUUACUUAACAUAUAUGUAUAAUUGUCUUUUAUAAAUCAAAACUUGUUUUAUGAUUA